AUUUUGAAUUGUCAUCUGAACGGUCACGCUGAUCAACAUACCUGGGACGCAGCUGAAAAGAAAAAGAAACAAUUUAUUUUGACGCGUUGUGCAAACGUUCGCGUACGUGAAUAAAUCCAUAAAUCAUGUCGCAACAACGUGCAACAAGCAGCAGCGAUGGCGGUAUCAAUAACACAGAGCCAAACACCCCCAAUACCAACAAUGCUAUCAUAGUUUUAGACGACAGUGACGACGAGGAGAAAGAUGUGCAGUUUGUUAGUGUUGCGCGUCCUGUUAUGCCUGUGAUCGAUCUCUGCAUGUCACCAUCCACCUCAGCUGCUGCCGCUGCCGCAGCUGCUGCUGCAGCGGCGACCAAUUCCAACACUGGAACAGGUGAUUCACUUAAAACAGCAAACAGUGAAACAACGGAUGGUGGCGCCUUGGCACCUGCACCUGAUGCCACCUCGGACUCUCAAAGCGCUGCACUGGAAUGCGCCAUAUGCCUACAGACCUGUAUACAUCCCGCACGUCUUCCCUGCGGUCACAUCUUCUGCUUCUUAUGCGUUAAGGGAGUUGCCUACAAAAAUCGUCGCUGUGCGAUGUGCCGACGUGAGAUUCCCGCCGAAUUCCUCGAUCACCCGCAGCUAGUGAAUGGCAUCGAUGAUAUUUAUGCCACACGUGCCACCGAGGAUGGUUAUCAAUGGUACUACGAGGGACGCAAUGGAUGGUGGCAAUAUGAUGAUCGCACCAGCCAGGACAUUGAGGAGGCCUUCAAAAAGGGUGACAAAUCCUGCUCCAUACUCGUCGCCGGCUAUGUGUACAUCGUGGAUCUGGAGCAGCUAGUGCAGCAGCGUCAAAACGAGCCCAAUCGAUGUCGUCGCGUCAAACGUGACUUGGCCACCAUACCCAAGAAAGGCGUCGCUGGAUUGCGCAUCGAGGGCAACCAGGUGACCAGUGAUACGGUCUUCAGUCGCCCCAGCAAUCCCACACCGACAGCUGCCGCUUUGGGUGGCCCCUCCAGCUUUAUAUCGACGAUCGCAGCCAGAGAUGCAGCCAUCCGGAUUGCCAGCGACAUCAUUGGCUCAACGCUUGCCCAUGCGGAUGAGCUGACACGCGGCCUGGCGGCCAGCAAUAUCAGUGACAGCGCCAACGAUCUGAGCGGUGAGCAAACCUACUCCAAUCCACAACAAACCAAUCACACAACAGGUGCAGGUGCCGGGGUUGGGGCUGGGACAACAGAGCAACAACAGUCCCCUGGUAUGGUGGGUUUGAGUGCCUCGCGUUCGCUUGCCUCCUCGCACUCGAAUUCGAUACAGGAUCUCAUGCUCAGUGCCACCGAGGAUCUGCUGGAUACGACACAGCAGGUGAUUGAGACCAAUCAGCAUACCAUAGAUCUCUUCGAGCAGGCCUUGAACGAUUUUCAGGCGCUCACCAUGCGCAACUUUGCCGACUCCAGUGAUGAGGAUGACGAUGAUAAUGACAAUGCCGAUGAGCAUAAUGCAGGCGAUAAUAAUACAACAGUGGUUGAGCAAACGGAGGCGAGCGAACGCCCACACAAUGGACACAAUGGCACAAUGGGUUUUUAAACUUUCUUGAGCACACCACACACACACACAUCUACACAAUUCUACAUAUAAAUCUACAAGACAUAGCUUAGGAAUACACUAAACAAAAAGAAAAAUGAAAGCAGCUAAAAGCUCGAAACGCGAUCGAAGUUCCUUUUUAGAAAUGUCAUCAUUUCGGAAUGUUAACUAGAGAAAUGCCGCGCGUACCUGAGAACUAACUAUAUAAAAUCACUAUAUAGGGCUCUAUGCGUGAGCAAGAGUGCAAGACGGAAGAAGCCAACAGGGUAACAUACAUACUUACAAAUACAAAACAUACACUAUAUAUACAUACAUACAUAUAGUACAUAGAAAUUCCUUAUCGAUCUGAACCUGAACAAACCGUAAACUGUAAACGAGCUAACUAAAAGGCGAGAUGUGAUUAGGUAAUUGUAAUGUCAACAUAUUCAAAUUGUCUCUCCAAGAGUACAGACAACACACAAACACACAAAAUAUUCACAGAAAUCCCAGAUUACCAAAAUACCACAUAAAGUAUAUUAAGUUAAGAUCGCUUCCGAAUCUCUUUAAUGGAUUGUUGUCAAGCUAUUCACACAUGUAUGUAUCGUAAUCCUCUGUGUUUAACAUAAGAUAUACUUGUGUUUACAAACAAUUUACAAUGAUCAUAUAUAAAUGUAAAAACACAAAAAAAAAAAGAA